AUGAGCGAGAGUGUCAAAGUUAUUGUUCGUUGUCGACCACUGAAUGAAAAAGAGCGAGAAAUGAAAACACGACUUGUCGUAGAAACAAAUGCUUCAUUGCAGCAGUGUAGCAUUAAAAGACCCUGGGACAAUUCUAAGUGCUCCAAAAUAUUUACCUUCGAUGGAGUGUAUGGAAUUUCAAGCUCUACUGAGAUGAUAUACUCUGAAAUUGUUCGUCCGAUUGUAAAUGGCGUUCUUGAUGGAUACAAUGGUACAGUAUUUGCUUACGGUCAAACCUCGUGCGGGAAAACUUUCACAAUGGAAGGUAUUGAAAGUCCCUCUGCUCAAAAGGGUAUCAUUCCUAGAUGCUGUGAACAUAUUCUGAGCGUCACUCGGCAACGCAGCUUUGAUGAACUUCCUAAAUAUCUACUGCGUGUUUCUUACCUUGAGAUCUACAAUGAAGAAAUCAGAGAUCUACUUGUCAAAGAGUGCAGAUACAAGCCCGAGAUCAAAGAACACCCUGACAAGGGGAUUUAUGUCAAAGGUUUGUCCAGUAUCACUGUGGAUAGCUAUGAAGAUAUGCAGGAGAUAUUUGAGGCAGGAGGGAAACAUCGAUCAGUUGGUGCAACGGCGCUCAAUUCUGAUUCUUCUCGGUCGCAUUCCAUCUUCACUGUUGAUUUAGAAUCGUGUCUUCGUUCACAUCCGAAAGAAACAGAAGUGUAUAGAACCGGAAAGCUCAAUCUUGUUGAUCUCGCCGGAAGUGAGCGACAAAGCAAAUCUGGCUGCACUGGUGAACGAUUUAAAGAAUCUACUAAGAUAAACCUGUCUCUGUCUGUGCUUGGGAAUGUCAUAUCAGCUUUAGUGGACGGGAAGUGUAAAUACGUACCUUAUCGAGACUCUAAGCUCACAAGGCUUCUACAGGAUUCCUUGGGAGGAAACUCUAAAACGUUAAUGGUGGCUUGUAUAAGUCCGGGAGAGAACAACUACGAGGAAACGCUGAGUACUCUUAGGUACGCAAAGCGUGCAAAGGACAUCAGGAACAAACCCAAGAUCAACGAGGAUCCUAAAGACACAAUUAUUAAACGAUAUCAUGACGAAAUUCAACAACUUAAAAAAAUAAUUGCCAAAGAAAUUCCAGUUCCGAAACAGUUAGUUACUGAGCUUAAAGAAACAACUGAAGAAACCAUUAGUAAAACAUCAACUUACUACCGGACCCUGGCACAGCAAAGUGAGAAUCAUUUGAGCCAGUCGAGUGUAAAAGAUUAUCAAAUGAGACUUUUUGAAACGCAAAAGCUUCAUAUCAAAGCUUGCGAAGAAACAACCACACUAAAGAGAGAACUUGAUGAACUUAGAGCGCAGCUUCAGAUUCAGCGGAAGAGAUAUGAAUACGAAGCGAGAAGGAGCAUGCUUGAGGAACAUAAAACUGCUUUGAUGCUAUUGCGCGAGCGACGAAUUGCAGACGGAUGCAGUGCUUCGGACAACAGGAACCUUGCAAGAGUAAAAAAUCAAAGUGAGACGCAUUACACUUCGUUCAGUUUAUCGGAAAUUACGUCAUCUAGAGGAUUAUCACAGGAAAUUACGACACGGGAAUUGACGAUUUCACCAGCACAUACAGACCUGGAGUAUUCAAAUUUUAACUUUGAGAACCUGACGGAUGUGACGUCGGAAACAGAGAGGGCGUCAGAACCGGAAGGUAAAUCCUCACCGGAAGUACCUGCCAUGAUAUCUGUGUCAACUUCAACGGACGAUCUUCGCGAUCUCGAAACAGAUGUCGAUUCAACAGACGAGGAUCAACCGAAGAGGGAAUGGGAUACUCGAGAAAACAGUUUGUGUCGAGAAGAGGCCGAAGGACGAUCAAGAAGUGUGUCGCCGUACACAGCAGAAAAGAAAAGGUAUGCUGGUGUCGAGCCCUCCAACAGCGAAGUCAUUUACCCACUGGACGAGGAGGGUCCAGUCAGCGUAGGGUUAUGUUGCCUAUGCCCAGAGAUUUCAUUCUUUGGGGAGAGAUUCCAAUUAUAUCAGCACAGACGACUCGAAGAGGUUUUAAGAAAAAAGCAAAAACUGCCUUAA